CCGGCCGGCCUGCACCCUGCCCAUGUGUCCCCCAGCGGUGCACCCGUAGCACCCCAUCCCCCGUUCCAACGUGCCGGCCGGAGGGCUGUCCGGCCGGGCACCUCUCGUCUCCAACGCUCCGGCCGGCCUUGUACAGCACCGGCUUACCGCUAG